CGUGUCAACCGCUAACCCAACACACCUUUUAAAUUAAUGCUAGAAGCCCUCAAUUUGGAGUUCUUCUUUAAAGAAUCCGAAUUUCUAAUUUACAAAUAUAUCGUCAAAGAAGAGCGCAAUUCGAAUCUUUGUCUUGUAAGUCUUACGAGACAACGAGAGGACUGCAAUUUUUCCUGAGCUUUCCCAGGAUACGAUUAAUCAGCCGCCACCGAAAACUCAUAGUGACCCCUCUUCCUCUCAGAUGCAACAGCUUGGAAACCAAUAUUGUUGAAAUCGUGCGUGUUCUGUUGAAACUGAAAGGAAGGCAAAUCUGGUCUGUGUUGUAAAAUAAACUAGUUUAAGUUGAUUCGAUUUAUGGAGAUAAGAUGAAUGCACGCCCUGCAUUAUUUAUCCAAAGAUCAAAUGAAGCUAGAGUGGGUGUCUCUGGAGCUAUGUCUAUUCCUCUACCAAUUCAGCCCUCAAUAGACCACAAUCUUCCUAAACUGGAUAGUUUUCCUGUGCACAAAAGUAUAGAUGCCUGGAGCAAAGAUAAAUCCCCGGAUUUUAUUGAUUAUUCAACAAGUGUUACAGUUCAAAAUGGCCAGGUUGAAACACUUGCAGGUGUCAUGUCAUCUGAUGACUAUGGCAAGAAAACUGAUUGGCAAGAAUGGGCAGAUCAGCUAAUGAAUGAUGACGAUGAUGACGUAAACCUUCUAGGUACCAACUGGAGCGAUAUUCUUAUUGACGUUGAUGUCCCUGAUCCUGAAUCCAAGCUGCUGUCAACAUUGCCUGAAAUACCCCCUGUUCCGCAGCCUCAAAUUGAUCAAGCUACUCCCACACUAUCUGAACAAAAUUGUAGUGUUGUGCAUCCUUCUCCUUCCAAUACUGUUCUAACCAAGACUCGUAUGCGUUGGACACCUGAACUUCAUGAAGUUUUUGUGGAAGCCGUCAAUAAACUUGGCGGGGUAGCGACAGGGCCACUCCUAAGGCGGUACUGAAGCUCAUGAAAGUUGAAGGGUUGACCAUAUAUCAUGUUAAAAGCCACUUGCAGAAAUAUAGGACAGCCAAAUACAAACCAGAGCCUUCACAAGGAACCUCAGAAGAUAAUAAUAUCCUAGAGGCCACAUCUACAGGCAUGAAAACGAGUAUGGGUAUAACAGAAGCACUACGGAUGCAGAUGGAAGUUCAGAAGCAGCUUCAUGAACAACUCGAGAUACAAAGGAAAUUGCAGUUGAGGAUUGAAGAGCAAGGGAGGUACCUUCAGAUGAUGUUUGAAAAGACGAGGAAGAUGGGGGGAGAAGAAGUAAAAACACCACCACCCAUCAUAUCUGAUGAACCCACACACUCUCCUUUAUCAACUGGAGACAAGCAACUCCAAUUGCCAGACAAUGCCAACCCCAGUGAUGAAUUGCAUGGAACUAAUGUCUGCAUUUCGGGCCAGAAAGCGGAACCAGGCCCUCAAGAAAGAGGUCGCGAGGGAAGUGACUCGUUGGGAAAAGGUUUGGACUCAGCGUCAUUGAAGCAAGUUAAAGUUGGUGAAACAACACCGCCACCUCAAUAAAUUCAUGGAUGGUUUUAGGACAUUGUCUGAGAAAUUUGAAUCCCUGAUUUAUGUACAUUUCAUUAGGGCUUCUCUGCACCUUUAGAGUAAAUUUAUGUUUAGUCUAAUAAGGACUGCAUAUCUAUAUUUUUACAUUUGAUAACAAUAAUCCAUCCGAUGUAAAACUGCAAUAAGAAGAAACCCCAUCAUCCACAACUUUGUUGAGAUGUUAUUUUUUGGAAAGUCUGCUUCCAGUGGCAAGGGAGUUUGAACUUUGAACUCACCUUGGCAAUAAUUAGAGUGGGGAACUUGUCUGCUC